UAAGCGCAUUUAUGUGGAUUUUUUUCUUUUAUUUUACCAUCCAAAUAUUAGAGUACAGGAAGGUUGCCCCUGAUCCCACUACCACUGUUCUUCUAUAUGAUAAAGAAAAGCGCUCCAGUUUCUACCUAACAGACAAACCUGCAAGAACGUUACAAAAUAAAGCUCCUAUUAUAAAGAAAAUUUUGGCAAAAAACAAAGAAUUGUUACCGGUAAUAAUCAUGCAUUUGGUAAAAUCGCAAGGUGCAGAUUUUGGUAUUGAAAUGCUCAAAGAAGAUAAUAGUGAAAUUGAAGAAGACAAUGGGGAAAUUAUUGAACUUGGUGACAUUUUGUGGUUUAACAACGUUCAAAUGAAGAAUGACGAUGAAGGAAUUAGUACACCGACGUUUAUUGAAUAUUCUGGAGAAAUGAAGAGUCUUGGUAGCGUUGCGGAAUAGAAUAAGAAAAGGAAUGUAACUCUGAACUUCCUAUCAACUGAUAUGAUGAUUAAUGACUGUGUAUGUUCGAAGACAAAUAAAUACAAGUGAAAGUGUUUUGGUGAUCGCAACCUACAAUGUUUUUUUUCCAUUGGCUAAACUCUACAAGAUAUUGAUGAUCUCACCAGACAAAAUACAAAAACAAAAAACCACAUAUU